AAAUGUUCGGAGAGUCGGAAGAAGUAGGUCUCUGAAGUCUGAACAUGGCGAGCAUCGGCGAAAGCUCCUGUGCUCCGCCAAACUCCACGGACGACAAGCCGGUCAUCGUUAGGGUUAAGCGCAAAGCUUCUCAGUCUCCCCUCGACGCUUUCUGGCUUGAAAUCAAUGAGAGGCCGCUGAAGCGUUCGUUAUUGGAUUUUGAGAAUCUCUCAAUCUCCGAUUCAUCUGGGAAAGAGGAAUUAAAGACUCAGAAGGUUCUGCUACAGCAUGUGGAGACAAUAAGCAGCUCUGAGGCGAUCAUUGAUGUUGUCCAGUUAUUUGUGGAGCCUAGUUCUGCUGAUGCAUCUUUAGGUAACACAAAGGGUGAGCAACGACGGCACACUUUUAAGAAGGAACAUGAAAGACAAGAUCGGCUGUUGUCUAAAGCCAGAAAUGAACAGGAGGUCUUAGCAAAAAAUGCUCGCUUUGAACAAGUAUGGAGAAGCAGAAGAGGAAACAAAGAGGCAAUGCAUGAUAAAGCAUUAGAUGGAAUGUGUCGGUUUUAUGAUGUUGUCCGUGUUGAUGGUGAGGAAAGAUCCAAUAAGGUGGAACUGGAGGAGGAUAUGUCUUUGGAGGAUCGUAAGCUCUUGUCUAGUUAUCUGCCCCUCCUUAGGGAGUUCAUUCCAUCUGCCGCUUCACAGAUUGAAUCUGACUUGCAUGCUUGCAUGUCAAAACAAGAUGAUUACGAAUAUGACGUUUACACAGUAAGGGAUGGCAUGGACAUAAUUAAGGAAGAUGCUUCAAACCCAUUUCCCCUUGUGCAAGUUGAUGAAGAGGAUUUUUACGAUGGGCCCGACGGAUCAGAUUACGAGACAGAUGAUUCAAAUGCUGAAGAUAAUCCUUUAAAUGAUUAUCCGGAUGAGAUAUCUGCAGAGGAGGAAGUAGAAGCGGAGAGUGAAGCCUCCGAGAAUGAGUCAGAAGAAUGUGAAAGUGAGAGUGGAAGUACUACUUCUUUGGAAUCUGAUGAAUUAGACCACCGUGGCAUAUCAGAUGAUGCAGAACUAUUAUACGACAAGGAGAUUUACGAUCGCGAUGAUUUGGAAUGCGAUGAUUUUGAAUGUGAUGGUGAUGAUGAUGAUAAUCAGGAUGGUCUUAUUGAUGAGCAUUGCACACCAGCUUUUAUGAAUACCCAAUCCUGAAGUAUUAGCACACAGUUGUUAUGAAGGUAGUAUAAUGAAUUGUUAGGUUUAUGAACAUAUUAGCUUUUUGUAGUAUACUUUUAACAUGCGCCUAGUAAUAUCAGUGGUAUUAUGGACAUCUUCCAAUUUGUUCAUUAAAA